UCAUAACCCAGUGUUUAUCCUUGUGCUAUUCGAAUCAUCGAUAUUUAUAAGCAAUGCUGAGUAUUAUCAGUGUGUUAUUGUAAGUAUUGCAAGAAACACUCCUCAAACGAUAAUAUGAAGCUUUUAAUACUCCUAGCCGUUCUAACUCUUGCUCAAUCUCGAUAUACAGAAGACAAAUGUAGCGGUAUCAUCGUACAUAAUUUUAAACAUGAAAAGGAAGUGUUAAAAUCUGAGGUGACGAGUCCCUACCAACUGGCCAUCGACUACGAUACAAAUACUGUGUUUUUUAGUUAUUCAUCAGAAGGAGAGAACGUUUUUGAAUCGGCAUUCAUUAAUUUGAAAACGAAUGAAUUUGGAAACAUUCCCGGAAUCAGUGGAGGGUUUGCAAACGCAGUGGACAGUAAGAAAAAUAUCGUGUAUUUAGGAGGAAGAGACGGUAUUUAUAAAUACAAUUACGAAUCCAAGAAGGCUGAACAUUUAGACACAACUAAUGAUAAUAUCUGGCAAUUGUUUUAUAAAGAUGCCUUAUAUUAUUCUAGGUAUCCUGAUGAAACUGCCUUUGUAUUGAAGAACAACAAAUUUGAAAAGGUUCCAGAGUUGGGAAAUACAAGAGCCUUUUUAAUUGGUCUAGACAAUUAUAGAAAUAUUUACUUUUCAAACUCCUCUGGUUUGUUUUUCUAUAAAAUGGCAAAUGGCUUAAUUGAUUAUGUAGGAGACUUUAAUGUCAAUGGUUUUACAUCAGAUAUCAACGGGAAUUUAUUUUUCUCAACACCUGAUGGUAUUUUCUUCAUUAACGUGGAUAAAAAGGAAGUGGAGAGAAUAGCAGAAAUUGAUAGUGUUUAUGGAGUCGCAAUAGAAGCAGAUGGAAAUAUUUUAUAUGCAUCCUACGACAGUAUCAUUAGAUUAAAAGCAACUAAAAACUUAUGUCCUGUAGAAGACUACAAAAUUUCCUUUGCAGUUUAAUCAAAUCUUUCUUACUAUUUUAUUAUAAUAAAACUGAUUAAUUUGGUUUUUCU